AUGAAGCUCUCACCACAGCUAAUCCGCACAACUUUCACAUCCCGGGGCUUGGCGCGCCCUUUCGUCUUGCUAGUCCAUGUUAAUCAACGCUCUAUUACCCCGCAAACAUCCUCCUUUUUCACCCUCCCAUCCUCUCGCAGUCACUUGCAUCGCCCAUCAUCAUCAUCAUCAUCAUCAUCAUCAUCAACAACAACAACAACCCACCACCCCACUCACUCCAUCCACGCCACAAUGCAAAUAUCCUGCCAAUGCACCUCCAUCUCCUUCCCCAUAACAGGCCCCCUCCUGGAUCUCUACCACUGCCACUGCCUAGAAUGCCAAAAGCAAUCCUCCUCCGCCUUCGGCACCUCAGCCAUCUUCCCCUCUUCCUCGUUCACCAUCCCGACCGAGAUGCAAUCCAAACUGUCAAAGUGGACACGCCCAACCAAAGAAGGCAGAACGAUGGACUGUUACUUUUGCAGGGAAUGCGGGUGCCGGAUCUACCACCAUAUCCGUGAAGCUGAUGGGACGCUCAGGGGUACUGUUUCUGUCAAGGGAGGGGUGAUUGAGGGUUUGGAGUGGAAAGGGUCAAAACAUAUUUACACGAUGAGCGCGGUGGUGGAGAUACCUGAGGGUGUCGAGAGGUUUGAGGCGGCGCCGGGGGAGAUGGUUGGACGCCGGGUUGAAUCAAAGUAG